CUCCCCCAUGGCCCAGCCGGAGCCGUUGGGGGUUUUGGAUCUGGGGGUGCUGAGAACGCCCCGGGGGCUGCUGCUGCUGGGGGAACUGGUGCUGUCGCUGGGGGUGGUGGCCCUGCUGGCCGUCCCCUCCCCCCCCACGCUGGCCCCGGCGCUGCUGCAGGCCCUGGGGGGAGGGGCGGCUCUGGGGGGGCUCCUGCUCAGGGACCCCCCGAGGCUGCCCCGGGGCUGCGGCACCUGCCUGGACCUGCUCCGGGCCGCCAGUGGCACCCUCAUUUUCCUGGUGGUGGCCCUGGUGGCCUUGGCCUCGUCCCGUGACGCGCUGGCAGCCACCACCUUCACCUUCAGCCUGGUGCUCGCCCUGCUCUUCGCCUUCGACACCUUCGUCACCUUCCGCACGCGGGUGGCGCCGGGACAGGACCCCGACACAGAGCACACCUGAUGGCAACGCCCCCACCACUGUCCCCACCGUCCCCAUUGUCCCCAAAUCACAGCUGCUCCCACACCUGGUGCUGCUCGGGGUUGUGGUUUUCGGGACAUCAUGUCCUCGAUUAAUUAAUGAAUUAAUUAAUUAAUGAAGGCUUUAA